CUUCUCCCUCGCUAGCCCACUACGUUACUGCUCUUUCCCUUCUCGUAAUUAAAUCUGCCCCCUCCAUCCUCCCCGUCGGUUUCUCUUCUUGCCCCCAUUCUCCUCUCUUAUUUAUUGGCCAUUUAUUAACCCUCCCCAAGACCAACCCUACACACACACUGAGACCAACCCCAAAAAAUAAAAAAUAAAAAAUAAAAGAUAAGGAAAAGCAGUGGGAAAAAUAGAAGAGAAUUCGCUUAUUCUUUCCGAACGAUCAGGGGGAAUUUAUUUAUUUAGGGUUUAUUCUGGGAAAGCUCGGCUUCUGCUUUUUGUGUCUUGUAAGGUUUAAUGAUUUGAAAGAGGAGAGCGAGGGGGUGGAGAAAGUAAGAUGGAGGCACUUAAGAAGCAGGCGAGUAAGCUGAGAGAGCAAGUGGCCAAGCAGCAACAGGCAGUUUUAAAGCAAUUUAGCGGACGCUUUGGCCAUGAUACUGGUCUUAUUGAUGAAUCUGAGCUUCAGUGCCACCAAAAUCUUCAGAAACUGUAUAACACUACAAAAGCUGCAAAGCAUCUUCAACGAAAUAUUGUACGAGGUGUAGAAGGUUUUAUCGCUGCUAGCACAAAGCAAAUGGAAAUAGUGAAAAGAUUGGCCGAAGAUUGUUGCAAGUAUGGAAGCGAAUAUCAAAGUUUUGGUUUCGCUCUGGCGAGGGCUUCUCUUGACUUUGGCACUUCGCAUAGUUUGAUGGAAAAAGAGAGGGAGAGUCUUCUUAGAGCUCUCGGGGAUCAGGUUUUUGAACCUUUACGAGCAAUGAUAAUGAGCGCUCCUUUAGAAGAUGCUCGCCUAUUAACUUACCGUUACGAACGGAUUAGGCAGGAUCUGGAAUCUCAGACAGCUGAGGUGUUGAGACGAAGGUUGAAGUCCAACGAAGUCGGUGCUAAUGCAGAGAGUGCUGCGAAACUACAAAAUGCAGAAUCAAAAUUAUCUGAACUUCAAAAUACAUUGUCAGCAUUAGGCAGAGAAGCAACUGUUGCUAUGGUGGCAGUUGAGACUCAGCAACAGCAGACUACUUUUGAACGACUUCUUGCAAUGGUUGAUGCUGAGAGAGCUUAUCAUCAGAAUGUUGCUGAUAUUUUAGAGAAACUCCAUCAUGAGAUGGUCCGAGCAAAGCAGAGUAAUGGGCCAUUUUCACAAUCAACAGCAGCUGAGACCAAUGUGCGGACACAGAGUGUGAACGAGGAUCCCAGGCCUAGCAAAUCUGAUGAUCUCGCUAGGAAUGGCCCGCCUAAUAUGUAUUUUGUUGCUGAGGUUAUUCAUCCAUUUGAUGCUCAGGCUGAUGGCGAGCUCAGUAUAUCAGUAGGCGAUUAUGUUGUGGUCCGCCAGGUACAUGAAGAGGUAGCACCAAAUGGAUGGUCCGAAGGUGAAUGCAAGGGAAAGGCCGGCUGGUUCCCAUCCGCUUAUAUUGAGCGGAGGGAUAAAGCCCCGGCAAGCAAGAUUAUUGAACCCCACCUGUUGCUCGCUUGAUCUUCUUCUUCUCAUCUUUUCCUUGCUUUUCCCACUAUACGCUCUACUGUACAUUUGUGACCUUAAUUCUUCAAGCGACUCUCUUCCAACUUUACACAGGUAAAGGACUCUCGCAAUGUGAAAAAUCUACCCUUUUUUGUGUUCUGUAAGUUGUGUAGGUGUAUGUAGUUGUAUCUAUUUUUAUGUUUGUUUGUUGUAAGUGAAUCUCAAGGCCUCUUCGUAUUGACCAAUUUAUUAUAUAGCUUUCUUCUUCUUCUUU